AUGGCUGAUUCUCUAAUCACAAUUCAAAUAGAAUUAACACAAAUUAUUCUUCCAAUUAUCAUUGUUCUGGGUGCAUUGGGUAAUGGAUUAAAUAUUUUCAUACUAACUAAACCUUCUUUCAAUGGUCAUGCAUGUUCUCUCUAUUUUCUUGUAUUAAGUAUCAAUAAUUUUUUCUAUUCAACUGUUUUGCUCAUGUUUAAUUUAUUAUCUGAUGGAUAUCAAAUUAGUCUGGCUGGACAUUCCAGGACUGCUUGCAAAUUGAUUAGCUAUUUUUUAAAUGUAUGUCCAUGUAUAUCUGUAUAUUUGAUUGUAUUUGCAUCAGUAGAUCGUUUUUGUGGCAGUUCAUUCAAUGAACGUCAACGUAAUUUUAGUAGUGUACGGAUAGCUCGAAUUAUAAUUAUACUUCUUGUCAGUCUAUUGGCAAUAUUUCAAAUUGGUAUUCUAUUAACUUUUGAUCUACAACAAUUGGAUAAACUUCGAUGUGCACCGAAUACGAACACAAUAUUUAAACAAAGUUUUAUCAUUGCACAAGUGAUUAUUUUUGCUAUAAUUGCACCUUUCCUCAUGAUAGUUUUUGGUUGUUUAACUAUCUACAAUAUAAAUCAUUUGCAAAUAAGUCAAGUCGUUGUUACAGGUCGUCGUAUUGAGAAGCAAUUGAUUAAAAUGCUUCUUAUACAAAUAAUUAUUCAUCUUAUUCUCACAUUACCUUUUUGUUCACUUUUUCUCAUGUCAAUUCUACCAAUCAAAGUUCGAUAUACAUCCAUAUUCUCUUUUCUUUUCAUCAUUUUCAAAUUACCAUUCUAUUUGUCAUUUGCUACGCCAUUUUUUCUUUAUAUAAUUUCAGCUCGAAUCUAUCGAAAUCAACUUUUUCAUUCAAUAAAAAAUAUAUUUCAUUAUCAUUGUAACAAUCGAAUCUUUACCAUGGCUCACUGA